CCGGGGUUGAAAAGCGUUGCUGUGACGUCAUUCAGCACUGCUGCUUCUGUUGUUGUACAGCGUUUAGUUCUUAAAUUAUGAUUAUUAGUUUAUUUAACUUGACGGGGUUUUAUAGAGUUAAUCGUCGGUGGUAAUGUAUAAAAUGUUAAAGUAAACGGUGCCGGCGGAAAUAGUUUUAACACAGACGCUAGUGUGUAGCACAGGAGCUAGCCGAGUUAGCACAGGAGCUAACGAGUAAAUACUGGAGCUUUUCGGGGCUGUUUUAAUACUUUAUUCGGAGAGACAGAGAGACAGGGGCGUGCUGAGGUGCUCAUACUUGGAGUGUUAGGUCGCUCACCCACCUCAGGUGAGAUUUGAUCACAUAUACACAGGUACACAGAGAGAGAUUAAAUCCUGAAGCCCGACCCGAGCUCAACCUGGAGAAGACGCUGGACCUGGUGGGCCUGAAGUCGGGCUCGGGGCCGCUGCUCACCCCGCAGAAGAAGAUGAAGAAGCGUAAGGAGCUGAACGCGCUGAUCGGACUCGGGGACGGGAAGCGCAAGAAGCCGAAAAAGAGCUCCGGACACCGGCUGCUGCUGCGGGGAGACACCGGGGACACGGACACCGAGAGCGGCUCCAGCUCCGGGGAAGACGAUGAGGAGGAUUUCCGCAGCCUGAGCCUCAGUCCGGGGGCCUUCCGCAAGGGUUCGGCUCAGUGCUGCUCGGUGUGCUACCCGCUGUGCGUGUUCAUCGUCCUGGCCGCGUGUCUCAUGGCGUGUGCCGGACUCAUAUGGAUGCAGAUUGCACUUAAAGAAGAUUUGGAUUCGCUGAAGGAGAAACUGCGCACCAUGGAGUCGAGUCAGAAGGCUUCUUCACACGAACUACCGAAGCUGAGCGAGGAUCUCAAGGCCAAACAGAAGAUGCUGGAGGACCUCGAGACCGGAGAUAAAGGCUUAAAUAAACUAUGGGCCAAUCUUACAGAUAUUAACAUGAAGAUCAGCAAUCUGGACUCUGCUGUGAACCAUCUGAAGGUGAACAUUAAAUCAGCGUCAGGUUUAAUCACUCUCCCAACAACUGUCGAGGAGCUCCAGAAGAGUGUUGCCACAAUAGGAAGCACUCUUACUAGUGUUCAACACGAUGUAAAGAUGAUAGAGAUUUUUAUCGAGGACCAGAAGAAAGGAGAAAACAAACAGAAGAGUGAAACGGACUCUUCACUGACUGUGGCUCAGAAGGACAGCAGCAGGACCGUGACUGAAAGAACAGUAGAUGACAGCAGCUCCACGAUGUCCUCGAGUCCCAUCGGCUCUCGCCAUCGGCGCUUUCUCAGUAAGAACCUCUCCAAAAGAGAGAAGGCAGCUACGCCGCAGACUCUCACAUUCCCUGGAGUCAGUUCUGCUGAAGAUCUGGAGACGUUUGUGCGUGCGCAGCUGGAGGACGCCACUGAAGGACUGACGUACGAGGAGCUGAGGAAGAUCUUCGGCAUUUCCACUCCGGAUUCCCGUCUACUCGAGCCGUACGACGCGGAUCAGAACCGCAGGUACACGCUGGAGGAGCUCCGGGCUGCCGCUUCUCUCUGAGGACACGAACAGCAGCAGGAUGCCGCGCUGCACUCGAUGUGAACUGUUCUCGCAGUGGCUGACACGACUGCUGUGACUCCUCCUCCUCCUCCCCCAUUCCUGUAAACCAGUAUUGGAGAGAUUUGAACUUGCAGAGAAACGACCUUUUGCAUGCCACACGUGAGCACACGCUUCGCCGUCGUGUUUCAGUUUUAAACCGUCUCCAGCGUCGUCAUGGACCUCGAAUAAAGCGAUAUGAAGAUUUUAUUAAUAAUUACAGAGGUGUAAAGAUGUUUACUCUGUGUAUGUGUGUGAUCAGAACAUGUGUAUAUUAGAGAUUCAGGUUGGUGGCUUUGAUACCUAGACUCAAAAUUUAGACACGAUCCUCGAGUUACAUUGUUUGUUUUUAAAAUGUCUAUGUAUUUUUUUUUUUGUACAGGAUAAAAACACAUUCCUGUCACUUUUGGGUGGAAUCUGUGAGAGGAAAUGCGUUGGAAAUUAAUUUAACAUGCUAUUUAAUUGUGUAUUUAGCAAAAUGUAGCAAUAAUGUAUUACUCUAAAGGCGUAUUGGGUAUAUUUUGUGACUUACUGUGUGUGUGUUUUGUUUUGUUUUUUUGCAGCAAUGUAUUAAGUUUCAACAAAGUGUUACGUCACCGUCGGCUGGAGCUGCUGAUGCUGUUUUAAGGUGAACGUUAACUUUAACAGGUAGUGAAGGAAACACUGAGGAUGGAUGGAGGAAGGGACGGGAGUGGCUUUUCACUCCUGUCUUGUCCCUUCCCGUGACCAAAAUAAAGAAAAUAGCUUUUAUUAAUUUUAGAAUGGCAUGCGAUCGACAGUAAAAUCGACUCCCAUCCUACAGGAAUCAUGUGACCCGUAGGCUUCCAGACAAAAUGUUUUUGUAUUGUAUUGUACUAUACAUCUCUCACACACAUUCCAGUCAUCUUAAAGCGGGGGUGUGCAAACUUGAAAGUGACCGGUGAUGAAUGAAUGGGGAAAAAAAAAAAAAAAAGCUCACAGUCAAAGCUAGUGUCUCAUGGGGGGGAAUUUUAAGUCAUUCCUGUGUGGAUCAACAUCUGUGUUGUUUUUUUUGGUUCGUUUUUCUGUCCCUGAAAUGUUAAUGAUUAAUUCUCUAAGCAUUGAUCGAUUGAUUUAAUGUGUGAAGAUGUAGCAGAAUUAAAAGACAAAAUGCCUCGAGUUGCAUCAUCAGAAUGGUCAAGGGGGUGGGGCUAAGUUACGGCCCUGAAAAAUAUCAUCGUAAGUCUGGAGUGUAGAAAAGGAGUUCAAGUCUGAUGAAUGGUAAUAUUGCAAAUCGCAAUAUUUUUACAGCAUCUUUUUUUAAAAGUAUGAUUAUGACACGUGUAGAAACAUUUUUCAAAAUGACACACCGCCGCUUUAAUGAAGGAAAAGGACGAGCGUUAGUCCUGAUAGUGUGUGUAUAUGUGUGUGUGUGUGUGUGUGUAUACAGAAGUGCUGAAAACUCGUCUUCGUUGUGACUAUGGCAACGAAGGACGAUAUUUUAAUUUCUCCAUCUGAAGCGUGAUACACAAAAGUUUGUACACCCCCUCAUGUUUAGUAAUGUAAAUAUUCAGUAUGAAUUAUGUUUGAGUGAGUGAGUAUCAGCCUCCGCACUGCUUCGUGUCAUUUCCAUCUGUAGAGUCUGUACGCUGGUGCUCAGGCUGGACUUUUCUCUGCUUCCUGGUGUUAAUGAAUGAUUAAAUGAUUGUUGAGAUGGUUCAGGGAACCUGUUUGGUGUAAAAUAUUCAGCGCUGUACAUUAGUAUAAUGAAUGCACUUGUGCUCAGCAUGUUGCUUUUUAAUGUAACAUGUAUAAAGGCCUAAUUUAUCCGAAA